UCUUUUCUUUUUUGAAAUUGCAGAAUCUCAGGUGACUUGAAUUGCCCUUUAUUGAAAAUAAAAAAUAAAACUGUAGCUCGUUUUUCUGUUUCCGAUCAAGUGGUAGUUAAUUAGGCAGACGGCCGAUCCAUGGCGGGGAGGAAUCAACCGCCGUACAGGCCAAGAGGAGGAGUCAACUUUUCAUCUUCUUCUUCUUCCAGAUCCUUCCAUCCUUCCCGCAACUCAACCAAAAAUGUCAAUUCAGAAGAACGGAAGAAGACAAGCUCUAGCAAUUGGGACAACAAAGCCGCCAUUGAUGGAGAUAUUGAUGAUAUUCAGAAUUUACCUUCCUUAGUUGGAACCUGCCCUUUCAUGUGUCCUGUUGAGGAGAGGGAAAAGCGAGAGAGGCUGCGGGACUUAGCUGUGUUCGAGAGGCUAUAUGGAAAUCCUGCCAAAUCAUCACCAAGCCUUGCUGUUAAAAAGUUCUGCAGGACUAUAUCUGGAAAGACUGUGCAAGAUUCUGACGUGAGGCCUCUCUCAGUGUUGGAAGACACUUUAAAUUAUCUGAGUAACUUGCUGGAUUCUACAGAGCAUCCCUUUGAGGUGGUUCAUGACUUCAUCUUUGAUAGGAUGAGAGCCAUUAGACAAGAUCUAAGCAUGCAAAAUAUCGCUUGCAGUCGAGCGGUCUCUAUGUAUGAGAGAAUGGUUAAAUUUCAUAUAAUAUCCCAGCAUAAGCUUAGAAGAUGUAGCGGUUCAAGUAUUUCUUCGCUGUCAUACCUCAACAUGGAGCAGCUUACGAAAGCAUUGGCAACUUUAUUUAAUCUUUAUGAAGCAAGUCGAACUUCAGAAUCCAUCUUUGAAAAUGAAGCUGAAUUUUUUUCAUUUUAUGUGCUUCUCCGCCUUGAUUCUAAAACCCAAGGAACAGGGGAGACACUAUCUUUAUGGUUCCGCCGUGUUCCUUCUCACAUUAUGAAGUCAACAGAAAUGAAUUUUGCUCGGAAGAUCUUGAGAUACUUUAAAUUGGGCUUCUACAAGAAAUUUAUCCAUAUAACAGAGUCUGAAGCAUCCUACCUGCAGUAUUGCAUUAUUGAACCUUCUAUCAAUGAGGUUCGAGCACUAGCUAUUUCCUGUGUGAAUUACGGAGGAUACAAGCUUCAGCCUUUUCCCCUGGCGGCUCUUUCCAAGUUCCUAAUGAUGAAGGAAUGGGAGUUAGAGUCUUUCUGCAAUGACAGUGGCCUUCAGACCUCCAUCGAUGAAGAAGGAAAUAGUUGCUUGCCUACCAAGCAAACAACUCUUAUCCAUCCAAAAGGAGGGUUGCACAAGUAUUAUCCUCUGGAGUCAGAUCGGUUCGAGAGGUUAUCUGUUGAACUGUAAGAGCUUAGGUGGACGCGACACGAAAAGUUGUGUGUUAAAGCCAUUCGAUUGGCUUGGUCGAGCUAGUUUGAGACUUCAGAUUCAGCAUAAGAAGAGCUCUAGAUCUAGUUUACAUGACAGUAUUCUGAUCUUCAUACAUGCCUCAUUUUGAAAGUAAUGUGCAUCACCAAAAGAUCCUUAAACCAUUCCAUUUAGAUGUGUUUUAAGGUUUGCAUUUUGCAUACUUCUUGAAUUUAGUAGUCUAUUUCUGUCCUUCCUCCCCCUUUCCUCUUUUCCCUCAGGAGGCAUUGUAUCAUAAUUCCUGUCACUUUAUACCAUAUAGAAAGAACAACAAAGAACAAAGCUGGCCGAGUAGUUGUGCUUACAAAUAUGUUUCUUAUACAAGAGUCUUAGUUGAUGGGAUAAAGAUAUUUGUUGAAUUUACUUCUUUUUUUCUAUCAACGGGACCUGCGGGAUUGGGAUCAUCUAACGCUAGCGUGAUUCUGUCGGACCAAGACGCGAGGCUUUCAUCAGACAAGGGCUGGAAGCACAGUGGCUAUCAAACGGCAAAUCAACUCUUAUAGUGGAUUGUUGAGAAAACGAGAAUCUUGUCAACUUAAUGCCAUCUUCUUAGCUCGUUGGAAUUUUGUAAGCGUCUUACAGGAGAUAUUGCUUGAAUUAGUACAGAAACCAAAAACUACGUACUCAAUUAUCAAGAAGGGGAGUGGCAAUUCAAGGAUAUUUAGUGCUGGCUUUGAUCGUUUAUAUGAACUUCAGCAUUUGAACCUUUUUAUCAUUUAUUUUCUAAUGUCAAAUUUUAACAGUGUACGCUAUAACAUAGGUACUCUCUCUCAUUUGUCUUA